UAUCCUGGUUUGUACAGCUUUCGUUUACUAUUCUCUUCUUUAUCGCUCCGACGCCGAUAAGUCCGGUUGGUAGUGAGUUGGAGCGCGAUUGCGAGCGUUCGUGUUUUGUAAUGGCAGUGCGAGCGCGAUUGGGGGAAGCCGCCGCAUCGAUUGACGCAGGCGGCUGACGCAGCUCCCUCGUUCGCCUAUCGACGCUCGCUUUGGUUACCGUGCUCGGUUCUCAGUUGUUUUUGUGAGUUUGAAGAGAGAGGCUCCCGUUCAGUGCCAGCGCGUAAACUGAACAAAGUGUGUCAACGCAACGUAUAAGCGGACCGCAGCAGCAGCGCAUUCUAAAUACAAACGGUUACCUGACUGAGAAACGGUGGUGAAUCCGGUUCUGUGUAUCCGACCUGGUCGUUCUCCUCCAGAGUGCGAGAGUUAUUCCACCGUCGACUACGUCUAGUGGCGUCCGGUGCGUGCAAUACGGUAAACAUCGUCGCCGCCAUCUUGGAGCCCGACGCUCGUCACCGUCCUUUGUUCGAACGCGUCCAUUUUGUGAAAGCAAAAUAUUCGCGUGAGUUUGAAUGUGCAACGCGUCGACGACGGCGAAGAACGUGGACUACGCAGCACGCAGUGGUGUUAUGCGACGGCGGAGGACGAGGUACCGAUACGACUGUGAGGUGAGAACGACGACGACGACGCCGCCGGCGGUAAGCGAGGAUCUGUGAUAUUGGCUUCCGCGACGAGAGACACACGAAACGAGCAUUUUACGUUUUUACUACAUUAUUAAGCAUACGACGACGACGAUAUAGCGAGCGUAAGAUUUGAAACAAAAAAACGUUUCUAUUUUUAUUUCGAUCACUGUGUUUACAAUCGACGAACAAUGGCGAGAAACAAUUCCGUACAAGUGCAAGUACAAAACCGCAGCGCGAAGAAUAACAACAACAAUAACACCAGCAAUGGUGGGGGCGGCAACGGUGGCCGCGGCGCGAAGUAUUACGGCUCGAGUCCGAAAUACUUCAAGAGCAUUACACCGCCGAUGAGUGGCGGCAAGUGCGGCGGCGUUGGCGGCGAAUCGUCGCCACGUCUGAGUCCAUCGCGCGUCACCACGCCACCGACCAUCGGGGGCGGCAGUCCGCGUACGUCCCCCGGCCUGCUUGCUGGCCAUUACGCCGGUUGCAAGUUCACCGAGCCGCCGCUCCCGUCCGCGUUGCCGCCACCGCCGCAGCACUGGAUGCAGCAGCCGCACGCGCGCGCCCCCGUUGGCACCCCGUGCGCUGCCCAGCAGUCCGGCGAUCAGCUGGCCAACCAGCUCAAGCUGAUGCUCAAGGUGCAGGCCUGAGACGGGUUGCGCCCAUCUCGCGCAGCACUACCGCCACGUCCAUGGAAAUCAUCAUGAAGAAACAGUGCGCGCGCGUUCAAGUCUUCAAACAUUUCAAAUAAUAAAAACACAAAACGUGACUUUUAAUUAUUUUUUGUGGCAAUCCACUCUGCACAAACGGAGAAGAAGAAGAAGAAGAAGAGCACGCGGAUGUCCGAUGGGGAAGCAUGAGUUCUUCAUCUGAUCAUCACGUCGCGUCGAGGGAGAAUUAAAAUUAAAACAAGGAUUGAGUUGAAAUUGUGCAAGUGUACGAACAUAGCGUUGUGAAGUUGUAUAAGAACUGGAGGUAAACUAGAGGACACGAUUUGUGAUUUAUGAUGAACGUUCAAUUAAAAAAAAAAACACAGAUUAUUUUUUAAUUCUCAACAACCAGCAGAGCGAAAGCUUCAAAACAACAGAAUCUAAUCUAAGUCCGACGAUGUGGGAGCGAGUGAACACGACAAUACGUUUUUAAUUGGUAUGCGACGUGUGCAGAAACAGAGAAAAAACCAAAAAGCGAAAAACAACGAAUCGAUUCGUCGUGUCGAAAUUGAAGCAAACAAAAAUUUCACUUUUCUGUGAUGUGCAAAAGCGCGCGCAAAAUAUGGCGAUGGCUUUAAAAUACGAAACUUGAAAAUUGUCCUGUUCAGCCGCGACUGUGAUAUAAUAAUUAGCGAGGUAAACAACACGAGGCGCAAUCAACGUAUCGACCCAAUUUUUAUUACUACAUAUUCCUGAUUGCUUUGGACUUGUAGAUAUAUUAUAUAUAAAUAUAUAUUAUAUAUACAUAGGACACACAUACACUCACAUGCAUACAUAUAAACCACCAACAAAUGAUCAAUAACCAAUAACGGCCGCAUUGUUACGACAACAACCAACAACAGAUUUUUCAAAUAGAAACCGGAAGAGUUGAGUUUUGAAAGAGAGCGAUUGCGAUAUUAAUGUUUAAGCGAUACAAUAUGAAUGCGAUGGAAAUGUUAGAGUCUUAUUUCUAAAUGUGAUUUUCGGUUUAAUGUUUGUUAUGGAUAAAACGAAUCAGAUGGCGGUCGGAGAUCGAAGGGUGCGCAAUGGAGCCCCGAGCCGAACGAGCAUCGCAGUUUGGACGAAUUCAAAACGAAACGGAAAAUAGUCAUUUAUUAUUAUUAUGUAAUCGGUGCAACAGAAAUUAAAUUUAAAUUUAAACAAAAACGAAAACGAGAAAAGAAAAAAACUUAUAAAAAACCGUCGUGUUUCUCUCCCGCUGAAAGAUGAAUCCGGUGCGACCGCAUCGCAAUGAUGAGCGCGCCGCUAGCGUCGAUUUUCUACAUCGACCUGUACUGAUUUUUAUUAUUAAUUAUAAGAGCAGCGCGCUCAUAUCCAAUACACUUACAAACCGAUUGUGUCACGAGUCAAUGCGUUCGCAUUCGGAUGACGCUUUGUGAUCGCGAAUAUUUCGCGAUAAAGCAGGCGGGCGAGAACAACGACGACCAAAAAAAUAAAAAUCAUUUAUAAUGUUGAUGUGAUUAAGUUUGAAUUGAAGUUACAAGAUACAAGAUGGCGUGCGAUGUGAUCGCACAAAAUGGCGUAUUGUAAAAAUCAACAAUCGCGAUGUAAUUUAAUUUGAAUUCUGAAUUAAAUUGCGAAUUGUUUUUGUUACAAUACGCGUGUGGAAUCAAAUCGCGCGCGUGUUCCUCGAACAAGCCAGUAUGUGAUCGAAGACGAUGGGAACUCGUGCAAAGCUUUAAUGUCUCUUUAAAAUAUUAUAAAAACAUGACUUUGAUGCUCGUUCGCAUGCCGUGGGGGUUCGACAAAAGUAAGAUAUGAACGAUAUAUGAAUAUAUAAAUAUAUAUUUAAUUAAGAUGAAGAUGAGAAGAAAAAAACACUAUUAAUACAAAGAGAUGAUACAAAAGAGAAAAGAGAAACAAACGCCGUCCUUCUUCACUGACACACAAUAUUCGGCGUGCGCAUUUGUGCAUUUCCGCAAAGAGAAGCAAAAAAGAAGGGGCGUUGUAUUUUUGUUAAAACGCAGUACAAAUAUAUGUAUAAUCACGAUUUUAAUCAUAGAUACAAAAAACUCUAUUAACUAAUAUCUAGCCAGUAAGCCAUCAAGUAAAUUACGAGAUUCCGUAAAUGGAAUUCUCUUGCGUCGUCGACGUGUAAGGUGAUUGCCAAACACACCACACAAUUUUAUUCAACUUUUAAAUAUUUGAGAAUAAGAAUUUCUAUUUCGUUAAAAUUAUCGACUAAAAAUUUCAAUCAGAAUAAUAAAUUACAUAGCUGUGUGUGUUUGGCAGUUGCGCUACUUUGUAACGCGCAAGAGUGAUACGAAAUUCCAGCGUCGCAUUCGACCAAGAAAAUGUAAAAUAUAUGAAAGAUUGAAUGAGGCGUCGUUUCUCAAAACCACAUUGAUUGACAUCAUUGGAUUACAUUUGCACGCCGAUGCAAUGCAGAUACGGUCCAAUCCUAAUCAAGUGAUGUGCAAUAAUUAAUUAGGAAUUUUCUGGUUGACGUCUACUUAAUGAUUGUUGCGUUUUAUUGACCAAAUGCAAACAUUUUCAACGACUGGUUUAUUUGUCGUUUUAAAAUUAUUAGAAGUAUGGAUUGAUUUGUGCUGAUUUCGAAAUUUAUUUACGUUUAUUUAUCGGUUUUAAUUGUCAAAAAAUUUUAAACUCUGUGGUUAGUCUGAAAAUGUUUGUAUAUGGACAAUUAUGCGGAUGGAAUGUGUAACGCACGCACAAAUUUUCGAUGAUAAAAUUAAUUACUACCAACCAUUCAUUGUAAAACAGAAAAUUGCGUUCGAAAUUUUCCGUUACGACUUGAUCUGUACGAUUGAUAUAUGUACCUAUAUAUUUUCCUCUUACACGCAGCAUUUUUGGGCGGUAGGAAUCUCGAAAUUUAGUUAUUUCUUUAAUUUUUCGCUGUAUACUUAGUUAUUAUUAGUCUGUAAGGCAUCGGAUCUCAUGCAUUCACUAAACUUUGUUUGAUAACGUUUUUAUUUACCGAUGAAAAUGUAAGACACCAACAUCUCUGAAUAUCAAAAGUUUUGUAAGAAGAGGGAAGCGAAGUGCGACACAUCAACAUGUGUGGCAGGUUUGUUUCCGAUUGAAAGUUUAUUUUCCACAUCUUGUAAGCGCAGCCCGAUUGCGCAGAGGAACGCUUUAAUUUACAUUCUAAGUUUUGAUGAUUCACACACACACACACACUACGCACACGCAAUUAAGAUUUCAUGUAACCAAUCGAAAACGAAAUAGUAUACUAUACACAUACACACACACACAUAAGCAAAAAGCAGAAAAUUAUCAAGUCAAGAUAAAGAUAAACCCGACGAGCAAAGCAUAAGAUGUACAAGAAGAAGCAACCGAAUCCAACGGCAAUAUUUGUAUAUACUUUUCAUGUUAUGUAAGUUCAUCAUCUCCAUCCUUUGAAAACUGUGAUACCUGAUAUCCCCUUUUGACACUGAAUCAAAGACACUGCGCAAAAGGAUUGUAAACAGAGAAAACACCACAGAUACAAAAUAUACCCUAUUUCCUCCUUUCUCGUGUUCCCGGCGAUUUGUUUUCCAAAUUUUCCACUCAUACUCUACAUAGUCAAAAUUUGAUAGAAGCAGAUGACAAAAUUUAAGUCAAUUAAUUUGGCCAUUGCAGAUGUAUAAAUAAAAAAUCGUUUUGGUCAAUUAA